AUGGGCCAAGCAAUUUUCUCGCUUAUAUUAGUUUUAUUAAUCUCUUCAACGAAAGAGAUUGAAGCGAAACCUAAGAGACAAAUCUCAGGUGAAAACGUACCAUUUCGUAAGCAGGCAUUCAGAUUCGGUUAUACUAUCAAGGAUCAACGCCAUGGUACACAAUUCAGACAAGAAGAAGGUGACCAUAGAGGUGUAGUACAGGGAAGUUAUGGAUAUCACGAUCCUUACGGUAUUUAUCGUCAAGUCGAGUAUAUUGCUGAUGCUUUAGGUUUUCGAGCGAGAAUUCGUUCGAACGAACCUGGAUUAGGACAACAGGAUCCAGCUCAUGUGGAAAUAGUCAAAACUGGCAUUCCACACUCCAUAUCGUUGCACCAUAGAGUGGGACCUGUAUCAAAUGAGCAUUUAGUUGCUAUUUCUCCAUCUUCGAGUAAUCGAAAUUCCAUAAAAGUUAAAGAUGUGCUCAGACCGGCUGAAUCAACUCGUAUUGUAAAGCCUUCAGAUGGUCUUUUUGAAUCCACGAGGCAAACAAUAAAAGUUCGUGAAAAUAUCAAGAAAGAGAACGAUAAGAACAUCAUUAGUGUUUUGUUUCCGGAUAAAUCAGAAAAAACCAAGAAGAAGAAAAAAUAUGGAUCGGACAUUCAGACAGAACCACAAGUUCAAUUCAAAAAAGUUAAAAUCAAGCCGGUAAAACAGGAAGUGAUUUUAGAAUAUCCACAAAAUUCUCCGGGAAAAUCCCAAAAUAUUAUACAAUUUUCUCAACAACUCCCAGAAAAUCCUGGAAAUAAUGUUAAAUUCCCUCAAAAUCCUGCAGAUAAUUCUCAAAAAGGAGUAGAAUACUCCCAAAAUGUAUCGGAAAAUCCUCAGAAUCCCUUAAGUUAUAUCCAGAAUAAUCCAGAGAUUCAAAAUACUCCGGAGAUAGUGGAAGUAGCAGUGGAUCGGCCGGUUCCAAUCCCUUACCUAGUACAAAAUUCCGGAAAACAGCAACCAGAAAUAGAUAUAAUUCAACAUCCUUCUGAUUCGAAUAAUAAAUAUUCUAGCAACGUUUACCAUUUCUCAAAUCCUGAAAAUCCACAGGAUGGGAGUAUGGUAAUGGUGGAACAGUUUCCUGAUAUUCAGCCUCAAUCGUCCAUCAAUCACCAUCAUCAUCAACUAGAAGGCAAGCGAGUGGUGGAACCACAUUAUCAAACUGAAGCUCGAGUACCAGUAGUUAUCAUAAAAAACCAACCAAAUGAACCUCAUGCCGAUUUCUCAUCUUCAAUGCAAGAAACCAACAAAUUACCAUUUGUGAUACUGAAAGAAGUUACGUCUCAAGAUCAAAUUAGUGAGAGUACAAACAAUAACAUUCGGUCAGUAUCGCCAUUUGUUUUUGAGAAAGACUUGAAGACCUCACAAACCGUGCAGAAGAUACAAUGCCCAAUUGCAUGCUUCACUCCAUCAGUAAUUAACGGUGAGAAAGAAAGAAGAUAUCAACCAAUUCCUUGCUUUGUCAUUCAACAAUAGUAAGCAAGAAGAAUAAUCCAUCAUUUUAUAUAUAUAUAUAAAUAAAUAAAAAUACAUAAAAAAUCAUCAAAGAGGACAAUCUUUACAACAGAAACGUGCAGAUGAAUGAGGAAACGAGUAUCACGAUUUGUUACGUUCACACGUUACGCUUGCUGAUGGUUGAGGGUGUAACUGAAUCGUUGCACUAGAUAUGAUAUUGUCUGGGUGCUUCCUGAUA